AUGCCUCCAAUUCAGCAUGACCAAGGCAAAGACUUCACUCAAGCAAUCAAUGACGUCAACAGUGACUCCACCCACAACUCAGAUGGAACUGAUAGCCUUAGCGAUUCAAAUGUGGAUGAUGAUGCAGACUUGAUGUGGAUUCACAAUGCCAUUGCUGCCCCACCUGCUAACGUGUCAAUUCAAGAUCUUCACAAGGCACUUGAAAUUGCGCAAAAACUUCUUCUUGACAUGCGUGGAAAGCACUGGGAAUCAUUGAAGAAGAUUGCUUUACUCAAGGCUACAGUUUUGAAAGGUCGGAAGAUGAAGCUUACAAAGAAAGAUCUUGCCCUUGCCACCAAGGAAGACAGCAUCAGAAAUUUUGGACGCAAGUUCUCUAUCACCCACUGCUUAUGGGAUGGCGUUAAAGCUGAAGUUUUCCAAUUCAUACUGCCAGCUGACCAUAAUAUGAUGGCUCAUAAAAACUUUGGCUCCCAUUCUUUCCAGUUUGUGAAAGGUGUCAAUAACGUUUGUGCCGAAAUGCUCUCAGAUGUCAAGUCAUGCGCGGCAGCCAUUUUUGGCUUAGAUGCCAAGUUUUUUAUACGUGGUUAUGCAUGGGACACAGAGCCUUCUUGCAAAUCUCUGCUCCUUAACCCCCAAGGCCAGUACACGAAGUUUGCACCGAUUCUUUUCCCUCAUCCAGACCAUCUCCUCAGAGAUCAGUUUUUGAAAAUGGCAAAACUCGUUUAUAUUUUGAAAGCGUCACUCUUUGGCCGGUCAUCACUUGCUGCCAAUGCAGUUCCCACUCUGAAAACAAAGGCGAAAAUAUGGGAGCUACGUGCUGUAACACCAGGUCUCAUUGCUGCAGCAGCCAUUGCUAUAUUUGUCCUUUCUGGUGACAAAGAGUUGGUUGAAGUUGGUGCCUGGGCAGACGGAGUCUUCACCUUUUUCAACAACUCCUUGUUUUCAAUUUCUUCUGCUGCAACUCUCCUUGAUUCAGACUCGACAUUACUAGGCGACUCGACGAGUGGUCCGCAUGACAGCUGGGAAGAAAUGUUUGAGCAUGCAAUGGAGACUGGGGCAGAACUAUCAGAACUGGACAUGAUUCAGACAUUGUCAGUUGGUCCUGUCAUUGAAGCAUCUUCUUCUGCACCUGUUGGACCCCAGUCAAUCUCUGCUGCCAUGCAAGGUCUAGCUUUGGCUGAGCACUUACCACCUGCAGCAGUCGAUGAGGACGUUGAAGCAGAGCCUGUAGUGCUUGAGGCUCCUGUUGCUGCUCAGAAGCCAAAGCCAAAGCCAAAGCCAAGGUGGAAGGGCAAGGCUGCAGAGACUGCUGACAGUAAUAACAUUUCAGAAGAUAAUCAAGCUCCUGCCAAUGUUGAACCUGAGGUUUCAUCAUUAGUAGUCAGUGGCAGUGGUGUGUGA